CUAUGUUUACGUGUAGAACUUUAUUUUCGGUUUAGUUUUGUUUACCAAUAAAUUUCGUUAGCUAUGACAAAUCUACAACGCUGGCUAUUUUACGCAUCGCUCUUUGCGAUUCCCUAUCUCUCCGUUGUUUUGGGAACAGUGCAAACGCCACUAACUACCAAGUAUUUCCUGCACAUUCAGCUUUUACCACUUUUGCUCCUCGUGAUUUUUGGAAUAUAUUCCGUUUGGACUGUUCUAUAUAGAACUCUGACUUUUAACGAUUGUCCCGAGGCCGCCAAGGAGCUGCAGGAUGAAAUUCAGGAGGCUCGCAAGGAUUUGAUAGCCAAGGGAUUUCGGUUUCGAGAUUAGGAGACUUCCAGCUCGUAGGACUUGUGCAUGUUAAUCUGUAAUUCCAUUAUUUAUAAAAACAAAAAUUACGCAAAUUU